AUAGGGAAGUGGAGAGAACAGUGAAACCUGCAGCAGUAGCAUAUUGCGGUUUCAGUACAGAGUAAGUUCAUCUGUGGACAGUCAUCAGCUUGUUAAUAGUUCUGUUAGCAGUAAGAGAUCACCAGAGCAGUAAAAUCAGUAAGCAUGUUUGGCUGUGGUGUCCUGGGAGUGUCUCUGGUGCUGUGUCUCUCUCCCAUGGUGUCUCUGGAACCCUGUCCCUGUGGGGGAACACCUGGCACGCCUGGCAUCCCUGGGCCCCCAGGAUACGACGGCCGGAACGGACUGAAGGGGGAACAGGGCAAUCCAGGGAUGGCCAUGCAAUCAGGGAUGGGCAUGGUGCAGAAGGGGCAGAAGGGAGACCCUGGUGCUCGAGGGAAAGCCGGAAAGAUUGGCAAGAGUGGAAUACCUGGCCCUGCUGGUGUGCCAGGCCCGACUGGACCGCAAGGGGACCCGGCGGAGGCCGAACAUGCCAAAUCCGCCCUGGUGUCCGCCUUCAGCGUCCGGCGUGCCACCGACGUCAAGCCUGACAGAAACACCCCUGUGCGCUUCACGAAUGUCAUCACCAACAUCAACGACCACUACAACACACUAACAGGCAAAUUCGGCUGCCAAAUUUCAGGCACGUACUACUUUGUGUACCAUGCAUCCUCCACUCUGAAGAAUCUUUGCGUCAGCAUCAUGCUAGACGGGCAAAGGCUGGCAGGCUUCUGUGAUCACAUGGUGAGCACUCACCCUCAGCAGGUGAGCUCAGGUGGACUCACCGUGUACGUAAAGACAGGGCAGCACGUGUGGCUGGAAACAGACAACAACAACGGCAUGUACGCAGCGGGUGAAAGGGGAGACAGUGUCUUUUCAGGCUUCUUGAUCUAUGCACAUUGAUUUAGUUGGUCUCAACUAUCUUUUUUUUGUGACUUGUGGGGAAGUGACAGCAAAAACUAAAUUCAAUAAUAAUAAUAAUAAUAAAAAAUGUUUACAUUGAAUGUGCUAUUUGAUGAUUUUCUUGAAUAUAUGCAAAUAAAUUCACUGUUCUGCAA